AUGCUCAUAGACAUAAUUACGAGACGGGACGUCUGGAUGAUGGACGACAGCUCUGAGGCCCAGAUGGAGACGGAUGUAUCGUCUACUACGGUAGACGUACCAGAAAUGCAGGAAAUUACUGGAUCUAGCGGUAAUGUGGAAAUGGUGAUACUAGUGGAAAAGGUUCAAGAAGAGAAUACUUUACCAAAUGAACAGGAGCAAUUAAAUGAAGAUAAAGUUGUCUCUGAUAUAAGUAUUCAGUCAGUUCAAGGUUCUGAAGAUUCAUCUCAAAAUGAAAAGUUAUUACUGCAACCUCAAGAUGGUAACUUACUGACAACAAUUGAUGGAGCAGAGAUAUUGCUGGAAAAUCAGGACAUUACACAAAGAGAAUGUUUAAACAAAUCUCCAAAACAAUCAGAGCAAUUACCAUUAGCUUUAUCUGACAUACCUCCUAAAGCAGCAUUGUCUCCUGUUCAAGUGCAGCCUGUGCAAGAAAUACCAGAUUCUUCUAGUAAAGACACCAAUAUGCUAAAGAAUAAAGACAUGGAGUUUUCUGAAAAGGCAAAUCAAUUAGAGAAGAAUGCCGAUGAUCAUCAAUAUGCAACUAAAGAUAGUUCCAUUCAGAUGGAGCAAUGUGACCCCACACCUAUUGAACUCAAGGAACCAAUUAGUGAUGUUCCAACUGGGGAUAAAAAGGAGGACUCUAGCAAAUCAGUACUUAGUAAAGUUCCCAAGCCUGAAACUGAAAGCCUUAUGUCAGAUGAGGACAUUGAGGAGAUUAAGCAUAAAGACUGCCACAAUGAAUCCACAACAAGCACACCUAAAAAGAAAAAAAUGCUUGAAGAGCCUGCAUCAGAGAAAACAAACAAACUGCGGUCUGAUCCAUAUUGUUGGCGCUGUCACUGGGCAGUGGAGCAAGUUCCUAAUGAAAAAAUGCAUCACCCUAUGCUAUGCACAGUUUGCCCUCGGUCAUUUCACUUUAAAUGUCUGUCUGGUACAGAGCGUAACAAAAUAACAACUGACAAAAAUUGGGUUUGCCCUGAAUGCUUGUCUGUGUUGCAUGCUGAAAGUUCAGAAACUAGGUCUCCAGCAAUGAAAAAGAUAUCCCUUGGGGUGCUCUGUGAAUUACUGAAACAUGCAUUGGAGCGGAUGAUGGAUCUUAAUGGGGUGGAGCCUUUCAUGCACCCCGUGGAUAGAACAGCGUUCCCCGAUUAUGACAGAUACGUGGUGCAUCCGAUGGACCUGACACUCAUGAAGAACAACAUCGAUGAGGGCCUCUACGGUAGCACGGAGGCGUUCAUAGCCGAUGCGCAGUGGAUACUGCAUAACAGCAUUAUAUUCAACACACUGCAGUCCAAGCUCACCGGCGGCGCGAGGGCGCUGGUGCGCUCGUGCCGCACUGAGAUGGGCGAGAUCGAGGCGUGCCCCGAGUGCUACGCGGCGGCGCACGCCCGCCGCCCCACCUGGUUCACGGACGUGUGCUCCACGCCCCACGUCCUGCUGUGGGCGAAGCUCAAAGGGUUCCCGCACUGGCCGGCCAAGGCAAUGUCGGUCAACAGCAGCGGCUUGGUGGACGUGAGAUUCUUCGGCGCCCACGACCGCGCCUGGGUGCCGGCUAAGGACUGCUACCUCUACUCCGAGAAGGACCCCAACAACUUCAGGACCAAGAGGCAGGACAUACUGGACAGUAUGCAGGAAGCGGAGCAACAUAUACGCAACAUAUCUAGGAAAUACGGCAAAUUCGUGUAUCCACCGUUCAAAACACAAUUUGAUCCGGCAAAACUUUCUGAACAAAUAAAAAUGAUGAUUCCAUCAUUUGAAGGCGAGGUGAGAUCUAUGGUGAAAGAGAAGCCCGGAGGCACACCUCAGAGUGCGAGCAAAGACAAAAGCAGAUCAAACUCUAAAAGUUCAAAGUCUUCUGUAAAUGAUGGCGAUAUGAGCGAAGGAGAGGACUUGCAUGUGACGCCUACUAGGAAAAUGGCGGACGGCGCAGAAAUUGCCAAAGAAGAGGACGAUUAUUCAAUUAAUGACAAAAAUAAAAGCAUUGAAGUCGAUGUGACCGUGCAGAAGAGCGAAACGUCGAGAAAGCGACGCCGUUCGGACUUAGAGGAAGCGGUCAUCACGAUAAUGGAUAACACUGGCACUAUGAUCAAAUAUUGUGAUGACCACAAGCGCAGGCGCACCGAUGAUGUGAAUGGUGAGGUUGCCCAAAGCGAAGAGGAGCCCAAGGAGAAGAGCACGUCUUCUGUAGAUAAACCUAUGGAGCAGGGCGAAAAGGUAAAAGAUGAACCGGUUAGUGACAAAAACAAAGGAGGCGAACCGUCCACCAGUUCCACCGAUAUCGAAAAGUCUAUGGAAUCAGUUCCAGUCAAAAGCGCGUCCAAAGUGAAACCCCUAAGCAAAACGAGCACCCCGAAAGACAAGGAAACUGCGAAAGAUAAAAACACCGAAGGUUUCUCGACUCCGAAACAGAGGCCGGCGAGAACCGAUAAGUUGACUCCGAUAGAAAAGGAAGACAAGCCGAGAUCGCAGAGAAGGAGGAACUCCAAACACAAGUGCGCGAGCAGCAACGGCGAGAGAACCGAUAGGAAUCCCGACAAGAAAGUCGAGAAGAGCGCCGACAGUACAUCUGGCGGCAGAGAGAAACGAGACAACUCAACUAAGCAAAUCAAGGAAGCCGACACCGAUAAGAGCGCCGCUAAAAGGAGUGUGUCCACGGUGAAGUCGAGCACUGACAGCCCAACGUCGAGCAAGGAGCGGAAGCAGAUCGACGACGACACAGUGCUAGCGGACUUGGCGCGCGAAACUAAGGCCAGUAUAAUAAGCAACAGCGCCGCCGGCCUACCGACCAUCAGCAGCGUGAGGAGCCUCUCGGUGGCGCCAAGCGGGACCAACACAACGGCGGCCGCGAAAACUGUUGAGGUGACGAUAGAGAUGCCGUCGGAGUCGAGCGUCUUCACGCCAACCAGCACGGAGAACGUGCGCAACAUGCGCGAAGCGGUCGACAAGCUGCAGAGGCUCCGCAGCGAGGGGGACCCGCCGCCCGUCGGCAGGGUCGGGGUGAGAGCGUUCGCGCGGAUGACCUCGCCGGACAGGGGACAGAAGGAGAAGGAGAGGGAGAGAGAGAAGGAGCCGGUGGAAAUCAAGAGCGAGCCGUUGGAGUUGGACGACGCGGAGCGGCAGACCGAGAAGUUGGACCUGAUGAACGCAUUCAAGCUGCGCCCAGUCAUCCAGACGGCGACGAACAACCUGCGCGAGGUGCGCAUCAACAAGGUGGUGGUGGCGCCGCUGAGCGGCCGCAAGAGCGCCCCCAAGCCGCCGGAGAUGCGCGUGCGCGCGAAGAAGACCUUCCCGCAGCCGAAGAAGCCGGACGAGGGCAGGUCCGAGCUGAACGGCAAGAACUCCAUGGUGUACAUACCGAUCCAGCCGCCGAUGACGCAGGCGCCCGUUCGUGGCGUCCGCCCGCCCUCGCUCAACGGCCCGGCGAACGUCACCGCGCCGAGAAUGCCCGCGCCGACUGUUAUGACCCCCGCGAGCGGCAUUAACACGCUAACGUCGCCAAUGCUGGGGAAUUCCGUACCUUCGUCCAUAUCCAGUGCCGGCUCCGCGAAUACCGUAACGAGCAACGCGCUAUCGACCGUGCCCUCGGCUGGGCAGAUGCCCAAUCUUGGCCAGAUACCCACGGUGGGACAAGUGGCCACGAAUGUGCACACGGUGCCGCUCAUAACCUCCGUCAACGGCCAGUGGACCUUCAGUUUGCAGCCUGUCAUGUCCGUCGGUGGAGUGGACGAUACGCCGACGCCUAUAGUGAACGGGAUAGCGGAAAGGGGAAACGCCGGUCCGAUCAUGUCGCUACCAACGCAAUUGGCGCACCUGAGCGCCCUAACGUCCCCCGCGAUGCCAAACGCGUCAGCUUCCGCUUCCGCUACAUCCUCUACUGCCCUAAUGCCCGUAUCGUCCGCCAAUCCGAUGCAAGGAAACAGGAAUGAUACACCUGCCGAUCUACCACGUCUUCAACAAAGACCACCGCUUUUGAACCCAUUUGAUGCGAGUACGCCCAUGGGAUGCGUGCCGCCACCCUCAACAGCCGGACCCUUAACCGCAAAGCUUAACCAGAAUGCUGUCAAGCUUACAGAUUUCUUUCGAACACUAUUAGAAGACUCCCUGGAGAAGAUAGAUGAGCCAGCUUCACAACUUACUGCCAUGAAACUACAACUAGAGCAGACAAGGUGGAGGCAUCAACAAGAGAUUGAUGAAAUUAAACACAAUCAUGAGCUGGUACUCGCUGAGAUGCGGGCGUCCUUCGAAAAGGAGAAAUUCCGCGCCGUGAAUGACGUGAGACGUGCGUCGCAAAUUGAGCUAGAGUCAGCCGUCAAAUUGGCAAAGUCCAAGCAAUGGUGCGCGAACUGCAAUCAAGAGGCGCAGUUCUACUGCUGCUGGAACACUUCGUACUGCGACUACCCUUGCCAGCGCGCGCACUGGUCCCAACACUAUUCAGUGUGCACCCAACAGAGAAGUCAGGAAAGCAACUCUGAUGGAGGGCACGAUAACAUAAUUCAGGCACCAGAUAGCCUCCCAAAAACCACGCAGGCGCCGACCCUAACGGUCGGCAACAAGCUGACCCCUCUGCGUGUGUUCUCUCAGGAUCCGAACAACGGUCAGAAGUCAUCGAUCAUAGUGAGCAUGGUGGAAGAUUCAAGCGGCAACCAGACAAUGAAGUGUGUUGGUACGUACAAGCCCCAAGUUCCGCCACAGCUGUCAUCGCUAAACAUCAAUAAACAAAUGGUAUCCACUGAUGACAAUGCUAAGAAAGUGGUGACAUCUGGCGGGUAUCUGAUUGUUGGCGGGGGGGCAGCCGGCAGUGCCAAUCUGGUGACAUCACGCCGCGCUCACACCAUACAAUAUUACACA